CCAAAAUUGGCAAUUUCACAAUUUCCCGGUAUUUCAGGUCUGGAAAUAUCUAGACUUCAACCGAAACUUCUCUUUCUUUCUCCACAAAUAAAUAAAGUAAACACUUCAUCAUACUCAAUAAACCGCGCUUCCUUUUUCAUUCUAUUUUCGCUUUAGUUUCGUGUUAAUCCACUCUGAUUAUCACAACAACAAUUUAGGGUUUCUGCAACUUCUGUAAUAAUUUCAAUUUUGUUGAAGAAUUUGAGCAAAUUUGAUGGAGGAUUUUACUGGAUUUAAGCUCAAAAGGAAGGACUUGGAGGAUGUUAACGACGAUUUCUCCGAUUUUUCUCUCUCUUCUCCUGCUCGUAAAAUCCGUCGCUUGGAUGCUGAGUUGCCGCCUAUAAUUGAAGAGGAGGAAGUAGAUUAUCAGCCGAUGUACGAGCAAUCGGUGCCACAAAGCACCAUCUCCAAUGGGUUGGGAGUCCAAGUGAAGCCGUUGGUGAUUGAAGAGUUGGAGUCUAUACCUGAAAAUGAGGAGAAAGCUAUUGUUCUAUUCAAACCUAAGGACGAUCCUCUUGUUUCCUCUCAAGGAAACUUUUCUGUUGAUCCAAAUUUGGUGUCCUUCUUUAAAAAUCAAGCUUUUUGGGGCGACAACCUAAAGUCUUGUAGAUCUAUAGAGGAGGAUGAAUCUACAGAAAAUGGAAAUGAUAAUGAGGAGAAUGAAUGCAGGGCGGUGAUCCCUUGGGUGCCAUCUCAGACGGUCAACCCUGUAUCACAAGGUCUUGGUUCUCAAACAGAUUCAUCAGAUUCAAUGGAAGCUGAUGAAAUGGAAACAACAAUGAUGGAAAUCGAAGAUGGUGCAAACGUUGGACAAGCAAAUGGGGUCUAUAACCUUUCUUACCUUAAUGGAGGCUUGCAACAUCAAUGGCAUCAGCAGCAACAUUGCAUGAUGCCGCAACCUCCUCAGAAUACCACAACUCCAAUUGUGUGGUACAGGUGAAUAUUGAGUAGGUGAUAGAUACUGCCAUUGUCUAAUGUAGGUUAGAUUUUGAAGUGAAAGAAGCUUCAGCCUAUCUGGGUAAUUAAAUAGAACCUUCGCUGCCACAAGUGUUCCUGAAGGAGGAGAGCAAUUCUUGGUGUAGGAGCAGAUUUUGGGAUAACAUGCCAUUUCUUCCUAGAGGUGGGGUGACCCUAAAGAGCGAAUAGGGCUUUUUAAGUUGUGAAAACAGUGUCAUUUUGCAGCACAUUUUGUACAUUUUUCUCCAGGUUGUAUGUUUGACACUGCAGGAUAUUUACUCGUAUGUGAUUUGGUUCGAUUCCAGAA